AUGAGCCUUCUUCGGUUGGUUUUGAAACGCGAAGCCAAAGAAAUCCCAAUGUCUACUGCUAAUAGAAUAGAGAUAGAAGCCAAGAAACGUAUGACUACAAAAUUACCGCCAUCAUCGUUACCAAGGCUGCCACGAGAAUUAAUUCAACAACAACAAAAAUCUGUUACUAAGACGCCAAAGUUGACACUUGGUAAAUCACCGCUAAGUUCCAUAUCAAGGGAAAAGAAGUCAUCAAAACGAAGUUCUAUACCUGCAACAUCGCUUUCUACCAUUGCUCACAUCGGUAUUCCAUCAUAUCAACCCCCAAUGCCACCUGUACCUUGGCAAUCAUCUCUACCACGGCCUCCGCCAGUACAACUACAACCUAUGCAGCAACAAUGUAUGCAACAACAACCUAUGCAACAAGAAACAGCAGCAGCUAGAGGUAGAGGUGGAAUGUCAAUGCCUUUUUCUCAUUUAACGCCAACAGGAAGCACAACGAGGGCGUAUUCUGGUGUGCAAAUUUCUCCUGCUAGUCUACGCCUGCAAAACCCCAUUCCUCAAAAUGCUUUUGAAACAUCACAAGCUUCUUCGAAAUACGGAGCUGCUGCUGCUGGUAUUUCUUCUCCUUUUCCAACAACAACAACAACAUCAUCAUUAUCAUUUUACUAUCCUGGCCAGACUCCCAUCACUAAUAGUACCGUAGAUCGAGGUAAGAUUUGA